UUUUCAUUUUCUCAAUUUGGGUUUGUUUCUCUACGGAGACCAAACUUUAAUCAAAAAAAAAAAAAAAAAAAAAACAGUUAAAAGAAAAAUCUCAAUAAUCUGAUUCGAAAAAUUUGUGAUUCAAGGCGAAGAAAAUCUCUUCUGUUUUUCGCAUUUCAAAUCAGAUUUUCUUUGUUUUGAAGAAUAUGAGUUCUAAUGUUCGAAGUGAGCGGAGGGAUAGGCCUAGGUCAACAGCUCAGGCUUCUGCUAGGCGAGAAUGGGUUCCUAGAGGUGCUCCUAUGGUGACUGUGGUGAAUCAGUCUUCUUCCAAUUCAACGGAGAAUGUUAAUGAUUCAAUCCUUAGUUCCCAUGGUCGGUUCAAGGCAAAUAGUAGUUCUAAUUUGAACUCGGGAGAAAAUGGAAAUGGUGGUGUUCCUACUCACGGUGGUUCUUCAGCUUCGCAUGGUCAUAGUCGAUACAGAGGGAAUAAUAGCUCACAUUCGAACUCAGCCGAAAAUGGAAAUGACAGUGUUUCAGCUUCACAUAGUCAUGGGCGAUACAGAGGGUAUAAUAGCUCACAUUCAAACUCAGCUGAAAGUGGAAAUGACAGUGUUUCAGCUUCGUAUAGUCAUAAUCGAUACAGAGGGAAUAAUAGUUCACAUUCGAACUCGGGAGAACAUGGUCACGGUGCUGAUCCGGGGGGGCAUAGUUAUCAGUACAGGGGGAAUGCUAAUUUGCAUUUGAACUCAACAGAAAAUGGAAAUGGUGGUGAUUCGAGCCAUAGCUCUGCAGUGUCUUAUGGUCAGUACAAGGGGAAUAGUAAUUUCCAUUUGAACCCGGCUGCCAAUGGGAUUGGUGUUGAUUCUACUAAUAGCUUUGCAGCGUCUCAUGGUCGUUACAAGGGUAAUUAUAGUUCGAAGGGUCAAGUGAGUCGACCAGUCAAUCAUAGGAGGGAGCAGCAGGAAAGAGGUAGCGAGUCUAAUGAAUUAGAGUCGAGAGAAAAGAGUACAGGCAAGAAUGGAAGGUUCUCAAAGGACUCUACUUUACCACAGCUUGUGCAAGAGAUUCAAGAGAAGCUUAUGAAGGGAGCAGUUGAAUGUAUGAUUUGCUAUGACAUGGUUAGAAGAUCUGCCCCUGUUUGGUCUUGUGGCAGCUGUUAUUCGAUUUUUCAUUUGAAUUGUAUCAAGAAAUGGGCAAGAGCGCCUACCUCCGUUGAUUUAUCUGUGGACAAUCAUGGAUUUAAUUGGCGGUGUCCCGGAUGUCAGUCUGUGCAGCUCACAUCCUCGAAAGAGAUUCGAUAUGUUUGUUUUUGUGGUAAGAGGACAGACCCACCUUCAGACUUAUAUUUGACACCCCAUUCAUGUGGGGAACCUUGCGGGAAGCCACUCGAGAGAGAUGUUGGUCGUGGAGGAAGUAAGGAAGAUCAUUGCCCUCAUGUUUGUGUGUUGCAGUGCCACCCUGGUCCAUGUCCUCCUUGUAAAGCAUUUGCCCCGCCUCGUAUAUGCUCGUGUGGCAAGAAAAUCAUUACCACAAGAUGCUCUGAUCGCAAGUCCGGUCUUACUUGUGGUCAGCGCUGUGAAAAGCUUCUUAGUUGUGGUCGACACAGGUGUGAGCAGAUGUGUCAUGUCGGUCCUUGUGAUCAAUGUGAAGUAGAGGUUAAUGCUGCCUGUUUCUGUAAGAAAAAAGUGGAGGCUGUUCUUUGUGCAGACAUGACUGUGAAGGGAGCGGUGAAAGCAGAAGAUGGAGUCUUUUCGUGUAAUUCUCUUUGCGAAAAGAAGCUAAACUGUGGUAACCAUUUCUGUGGCGAAAUUUGUCAUCCAGGCACUUGUGGAGAGUGUGAGUUAUUACCAAGCAAGACCAAGACAUGCCAUUGUGGGAAAACAGUUUUGAAGGAGGAACGAAAUAGUUGCUUAGACCCGAUUCCAACCUGUUCGAAAAUAUGCCAGAAGCUCCUUCCAUGUAAGAAGCAUUCCUGUGAAGAGGUGUGCCAUGCUGGUGAUUGUCCGCCUUGUUUGGUUAAAGUCUCACAAAAAUGCCGUUGCACCUCAACUUCUCGAAUUGUGGAAUGUUAUAAAACAACUUCAGACGAAAAUUUCAGUUGUGACAGAACCUGUGGGCGUAAAAAAAGCUGUGGAAGACACCGUUGCAAUGAGCGAUGCUGUCCUCUUUCUAAUUCGAGCAGCAGUCACACAGGAGAAUGGGAUCCACACUUUUGUUCAAUGUCAUGUGGUAAGAAGCUAAGAUGUGGACAACAUGCUUGUGAAUCUCUCUGUCAUAGUGGUCACUGUCCUCCAUGUCUCGAAACCAUAUUUACCGAUUUAAUUUGCGCUUGUGGAAGAACUUCAAUACCUCCUCCAUUACCUUGCGGAACACCUCCCCCGUCUUGUCAACUCCCAUGUUCAGUACCUCAGCCUUGUGGCCAUUCCGCUUCUCACAGCUGCCACUUCGGAGACUGCCCUCCUUGCUCGGUGCCUGUAGCGAAGGAGUGUAUCGGUGGGCAUGUGGUUUUGAGGAACAUUCCUUGUGGGUCAAAGGACAUUAGAUGUAACAAGCUCUGUGGUAAGACCAGGCAAUGCGGUAUGCACGCCUGCGGCAGAAUCUGUCAUUUGCCUCCUUGUGAUUCUCAGAUGGGGUCUGAACCGGGUUUAAGAUCUUCUUGUGGGCAAACAUGUGGUGCGCCGAGGAGAGAUUGUAGACAUACAUGUACCGCGCCUUGUCACCCGUCCUCUCUUUGUCCCGAUACACGUUGUGAUUUUCCUGUGACGAUUACUUGCUUAUGUGGCCGUAUAUCAGCAAGUGUUCCUUGUGAUGCCGGCGGUAACAGUGGUAACUAUAACGCCGAUACUGUUUACGAAGCUUCGGUUUUGCAGAAAUUACCGGCUCAACUUCAACCUGUAGAAGCUACCAGUGGUAACAAGAUACCACUUGGACAGAGGAAGCUUAUGUGUGAUGAUGAAUGUGCUAAGUUGGAGCGCAAACGGGUUCUUGCAGAUGCUUUCGAUAUAGCGUCUCCCAACUUGGAUGCCCUUCAUUUCGGCGAAAAUUCCUCUGUUUCCGAGUUAUUGGGAGACCUCUAUAGGCGCGAUCCCAAAUGGGUGAUUUCUGUAGAGGAAAGAUGCAAAUAUUUAGUUCUUGGCAAGAACAGAGGAAGUUCGAGCGGUCUUAAGGUUCAUGUAUUCUCUCCAAUGCUGAAGGAGAAGAGAGACGCUGUUCGGGUAAUCGCUGAAAGAUGGAAGCUUGCUGUAAACGCAGCCGGUUGGGAACCGAAACGCUUUAUCGUAGGUCAUGUAACGCCUAAAUCGAAAGUUCCACCUCGUAUUCUCGGCGUUAAGGGUACCACAACCGUCAGUGCACCUCAACCACCUGCAUUCGAUCCCUUAGUAGACAUGGAUCCCAGACUUGUUGUUUCGUUCCAAGAUUUGCCUAGAGAUGCUGAUAUCAGUGCAUUGGUUUUAAGAUUCGGCGGAGAAUGUGAGCUUGUGUGGUUAAAUGACAAGAAUGCAUUGGCUGUUUUCCAUGAUCCUGCUCGUGCAGCAACUGCUAUGAGGAGAUUAGAUCACGGAUCGGUAUACAACGGAGCCGUUACGUUUCACGCGACGACUUCAGGUGCUUCUUCGGGUUCAAAUUCGGGAACAAAUGCUUGGGGCGGAGGAGCAGGGAUGGUGUCGAAAAGUAAUCCAUGGAAGAAAGCAAUUGUUCAGGAAGAUACAUGGGGCGGCGACGAGUGGUCAACGAGUGGCUCGGCCGAUGUUCAACCGUCUGCGUGGAAGAAAGAAACUCCACUCGCAGCGUCGAUAAACCGAUGGAGCGUUCUAGAUAGUGAAAAUGCAACCACUUCAUCGUCGUCAUCGUCGUCGUCAUUAUCGAAAUCUUUUGCCGGAACAAAAAAAGCGUUAGUUGGUGGUUUGCAUUCGAGUUUAGAAAACGCGCCAACUCCGGCAGCAGCGCCGCUUGUCGGGAACGUUACCGAAACCGAGACAUGGGAAGUGGCUGAGGAUUGGGAGAAGGCUUAUGAUAGUAGCAUAGAAGAAGAAAAAUAGAGUGGAAAAAAGUUUGGUAUGUUUUGAAUUUGAAUAAUAUUUUUGUUUUUGUUGUUUUUAUAUGUUUUGGCCUUUUAUUUGUGCCAUAUAUUUUUACCUAAUAUUAUAUUUUUUAAGGUUGGUUGAUUAAUGUUGUAUUAAUAUUAAAUAUUAAUCUGCCUUUCAUUUUGCUUUUA